AUGGCCACUUGUACUGCGGCCCGCAUUACAACAACAAGAAACUAUCUGAGCUCCGACAAGCUUGAAGCACCAAGCCCAGCUUCUGUCACCAAUAAAAUUACAUCGCCGCAGAAUGAUACCGAAACAAAGAAGUUAUUCAUUCCAUCACCUCCCAGGUUCACCGAUAAACUUGAAGAGCGCGAAUACCUAAAGGGACGCCUGGCAUUGGCCUUCCGCAUCUUUGCUCAAAAUAGCUUCGACGAAGGCUUUGCUGGACAUAUCACUGUGCGCGACCCUGUCGAUCCUACUACAUUCUGGGUGAAUCCCUUUGGCGUUGCGUUUUCAUUGAUGAAGUCUUCGGACCUGAUACUCGUCGAUCACGAGGGACACGUUAUUGGUGGCGGGCCAAACCGACUGCUGAAUACUGCCGCAUAUCUAAUCCACGCCGCAGUACAUAAGGCUCGUCCUGACGUAAUCUGUGCAGCCCACUCACACAGUCUCUAUGGUCGCUCAUUCUGUGCCUUGGGCCGGCCAAUUGAUAUUAUAACUCAGGACAGCUGCGUUUUCUAUAAUGAUUUGGCUGUGUAUAAUCAAUUUAAGGGCGCCGUGCUUGACGAAAAAGAAGGUGAAAAUAUUGCAAAAGCAAUCAGUAACAAAAAGGCAUGUCUUUUGCAAAACCACGGUAUUUUGACUGUUGGGCAGUCGAUAGAGGCUGCGGUCUUCUGGUUUGUGAGCCUCGAUAAGUGCUGCCAUGGACAACUCUUGGCGGACGCCGCUGCUGGGGGGCGGAGUGAGGUCACAAUAAAGAUUGACGAUGAAGAUGCAGCUUUUACUUACAAGGCAAUUGGUAGCCCUCAAGCUGGAUGGUUUAGUGCGAAACCUCUAUUCGAUGCGAUCGCCGAAAAAGUGGGUGAUAAAUACAAGCACUAG